AUUGUUGAAUUAAGACUUCAUUUACUUUGUUAUUGAUGAUAUAAACUUUUUUUUUGUAACUAAUUGUUUACUUAGAAACUUUUGAUGUAUGUGGUCAAAGGAUAAGAUAAAUAUUCACAAUCGAUUGUAACAAUUAACCUACACGCUAGGAACAAUCUGAUUUAAUCAUUGGAUCAAUUUUUCCUUAUAUGAUCACAAUGUUUAUGAGAAGAUCGCAAAACUUUUGAUUUGAUUGUUAUGUUGAAAUCGCGAAAAUUAAAUUUCACCAUCGGUGCUUUUAACUUUGGAUUCUCGACAAUGUUCAUUGAGGAAAAUGGACAAACUCGACCUGCGUUGAAAGCACUUCAAGAGCUAUUGGAUGGUAUUGGUUCUUCCGGUAAUUUCGAAAUUAUAUUGAAAACAUCGAAAGAGGAUAAACUUGGCCUGUUAACAGGAGAUGUUUACGAAACUGGAGUCCUUGGGAUGUUACAACGUCAGGAGAUUGAUAUUUGUUUCCUUCCUUUACCAUUGGACAUACCGAAUCCUCCAGGUAACUUUAGUCCAGUUAUUCAUGAUGAUUCUUAUCAUAUUUACUCAUUUUCUCGAGCAUCUUCAUCGGCCACUCAAAACAUCGCCACGAGUUUGAAGACGAUUGACCUUUCACUCUGGAUAACAAUCUUAAUUGUGAUGUUUAUUUUGGAAGCAAUUAACCAUUUGGUUGAAAAGUUAAACCGAUCAUCUCAAUCAAUCAGUUUGAUCUCAUCAAUAACCGAAACAAUCAACACUUUUGGCUGCACAAUAUUUGGUCAAUAUCUUUCAGGUCGAUCAAUUUUGCGAACUGUUCAAAUCAUUGGAAUAAUGUUAUUCACGAUGACUUUGAGUGCUUCUUUCAGUACCAGUACCAUUGUCGGUAAUGAUGAGGUAAAAAUAAACACCCUGAGAGAUGUUAUCACUCAGAAUAAAAAACCUUUAUGGAUUGAAGGUGAAUCGAUGGCUGAACUAUUUCAACACGGUGUUACUACCGAUUAUCGGGAUGUUCACGAACUCGCCAAACGCAAGGGAACAGUAGCACCAAUACCAAUCAGUUCAUUGGGUCUGUUUGAUAACAUGGAACCAGAUUUGGCCUAUUUCUGUUCCAAUGAAAUCGCUCGGGCAGUUAACAAAAUCUCAAUCGCAUUGGGUAAAACUAUCGCUCAACAUGAAUACAAGUCACCGAAACCUUAUCAUCGAGCCUUGGCCGCUUUCCUACUCAGCCCCAGUCAUGACAAAAAGGAAAUCACCAAAAGAAUUGCUGAAUUAGCCACUAGGCAAAUUCAGGGAGACAUUUUCAUCAGAUUCUUGCGAAAAAUCAUCAACGAACUGUUAACUGAAUCAGUUCUUCCAAUUAAUGAAAAUCAAAUGAUUUUGGACAAAGUUGAUUCGGAUAAUCAUCAAAUCAAAUUUGAAUCAUUGAAUCUCGAUGGUUGUAGAUUCAUUUUCAUCGUUUGUGGAUAUUUGUUAAUCGUCACACUAAUUACCUUUUUCAUGGAGAUGAUAAUUAGUAAAUUGUUAAUGAUAUCAAAUGUCAUGUACAGCAAACAAAUCUAAUCUAAUAAACUUUUCUGGUUCAUUAAUAUUCAUUUCUUGAGACUAUUUUUUAAUGAUCCCAAGUAAACACAAUGAUUGUAACAAUUAAUCAAAACAA